AUGGUAAACAAUCGCCUUUGCUGAUAAUGUGUGGGUCAACUCAUUGUUCUGUCUGCUAUGAAAAAAGUUGAAUACGCAAUAGCCGUGUGGGUUUAAUAUAGAAUCCGUUUUUAGGAAUACCUAAGACUAGUUUAGACUUUAGAAGUUAGAACUAUAUAAUAACAAAAGUGUAUUAAUGCCACUAGGAUAGUUUAUGCGGUGAUCGGACACUCGGUACUCGAGUCACUAGUGAAUAGUGACUACUGACUAGUCCGCCGCAGUAUGAGUGGCGCACGGACGGGGACAGACGUGUCGACCGAGCGCCCCGAGUUGUACGCGCGUGUAUUGUGACUUACGUGAUGUUAAUUUAACCGUGCUCAUUAUACUAUAGGUUUGUGUUAUAGUAUUGAACGAGUGACGCCUCGUUUAAGCAUGCUGAUGGUACAGAGUAACGCUCACCCCAUGAAGUCCACCAAAAUCAAAGGACCCCCACCUGUACCGCCGCGGCCGAGCCAGAGCAUGGUGGCCGAAGCUCUGGCGAAGACGAGGAAAGCCGUAGCUGACUCCAAAGCCACUUUGAAGACUAGAACGUUCACCAAGAACGAAGUUCAUCAUGUUUCAUCAAAAGCUAAAACUUUGGACCGGAAUGCGACACCUACGAAGCCUUCCGUGUCGCCGCGACAAAACGGGCUCGCGCGUGUCAAAUCUUUUAUCAAAGACGUUAUUAGUGAUCGCAGUUCCUCGUCGGACGAGAAAAAAUCUAGCGGUCACAACUCCAGAAGGAGUUCAAGCGACAGCAGCUCGAUUCAUUCACCGGCGUCUAAUAAUAAGUCGAGUGAAUCGCUAAAUUCCAAAGCUGUUAAAACCUGUAAACAAAUAUUGGUUCGAUCUCUGUCCACUUCCAAUAAGUUAGACCAGGAUCCUAAAUGUAAAGUUUCUAAAUCGUCUAGUUUUGCCGAGAAAACCCUUCCUUUGCGCAAGGCUCCCCCGCCACCGUUAUCACCGAAACCUAAGUUAAAGCCAAUGAAACCGUUACCUGUACAGAAAAGUGUAGAGCAAAAGAAGCAAUUAAAACAACCAGACACUGGUAUUUACGCGUUGCCGGUCGAUGCACAGCCACCACAAAAUCCUAUUCCAGACGAUUGCUACGCAACCGUAGAGGAAGUCAAAAUUGUUGAGGAUAGGCUACAAAACAGUUCACCUAAAGUCAAUCAUUCGGAUACACAAAACACUGAGCAUCACCCAAACGACGUGAACAUAAAUAUAAACAACAAUAACAACUCCUUAGAGAGAAAGACUUCUCGAGUGACCGAAAUGCUUAUUUCGGAAAUUCUCGCGAGUAGAAACAAUAAUAAAGGGGAAGCCAACGCUGUUAUAGAUAAAGGGAAAGAUUCCACGAACUUGACUAACGGGAACGACUCGCCGGAGGCUGAGAAGAUGAAGGACAUGAAUAACCACGAGAUGUUGAUAUACGAACUGCAGACGAUGAGGUCACAGUCGAAUGUCCCCGAAGCUUUAGAUGCCAAGGAAAACGAUGAUAUGCAGUGCGAUUCGGAGGAAGAAAAUUACGCGACAGCAUCUGUAACUAGUGACAAUUUUGAAGAUGAUCAAGCGUACGCAUACAUACGGGACGAUGAUCUCAAAUCUAGACUACGCAAGCAGUUCCGAGCCAUCAGCACCAUGUCCCUUCAAGGGAUGCCUCCAUUGCCAAAGAGCCUCAGCGGUUUCGCUGACGGCGAGCCUGAUCUCCGAGAGCCACCCCUGACCCCUGCAGAGGAACACCCUCCCACUGACCUUGACUCGCAACUGGUCUACUUGAAGAAGGAAAUGGCCAGCCUUCGUCAGCUAGACUUGUCCCUGCUCUCCGAGCUGUGGACACUGAGCGAGGCGAUGGCGUCGUGGCGCCGCCAGCUGGAGCGCGGCCCCCGGCUCCGCCCCGCGCCGCCGCCGCCCCCGCCGCCGCACUACCUUAGAACCUGAAUACAUUAUGUUCACCUAGUACCUUGUAGAUUUAAUUUUACACCCCUCUCCCACAAUGAUGAUGAGAGAAUAGCGCUAAAGUUUCAGUCAAAGUAAGUCUGGGACCACACUUGUUAGUGCCAAAAGCUAGGAUUUCUUAGCCGCGUAUACUUACACUUUAAAGUGUAACCACGACUCCAACAAACAAACACAAACUCCAACAACUCCAGCCCUAGACACUUAUGGAUACACCUUAAGUGUCUAGGGCUCUAGGCGUUAGGCGAUAGCUCGCGUGGCGGUCUUGUAAGUUAUCGACUUCUAUGUAAACACUAUAUGGGCUACAGCCACUCAAGGUCUUCAUUUUUAAAAUAAUUUUAUGUGGUGAUAAGCGUAAAUCAAGAGUCCACUGACACGUACUCGAAGCAUCCGCAGUUUCUCAUAGAACAGCUUUUUGUACAAAAAUUUGUCUCGGCCAAGUGUCUACUGGAAAAUUUUCUUGUAGAAGUCUUUCAUAAUCUUAAGAAGUCGCUGUCAUCGUUAUGUUAAUGUCAAUUUCUGCAAAAUUUUACUAACUGAAAAAAUGAUUUGACCUAACUUUCAGAAGUUGACUUGUUGCGAGUGUCUUGGUAUAUUGCAAAAAGCUGACUUCUACAAGAAACUGCGAAAGUCGCUUGCCAGUGGACGCUUGGCUUUACCCUUAUUACAGCAAUAAAUAAGGCAUAAAAAUAAUGUAAAAGUUCGGGCUCUAAGCUAUACCUACCUGUAUUUAUUGUUAGUGUCGAUAACUCACACUGACCGCAACGCGAAUUAUUGCCUAAUGCCUAGCACUAACACUAUGAAUGCCAUAAGAAAAGUGGUGGUUAACACGAUAAUUGAUAGCAUUGUUGUCAUAGUAUAAAGCGAAUUCCGCGGGGUAUGCGAGACGCGAAUUACCAUGAAUACCUAUGCGACUAUAUUCAGUUUCCCUUAGUUUGCUUAAAAGAGAAACAAAUCGCAGAAACCUCGAAGAAACGCGUAAGCGACGCGAUUUGCGCGUACUUUAGUCCUGGAGACCUUUUUUCCGCUGUUAAAAUUCCAGUUAGGUAUGUAUCCGCGCUAAAGCGGGUAUGUGGGACUCACUGGCUAUACUACAACCAGCAUACCCAUUAAAAACCUAGCGGUACUGCCCGUACCAGGUAUGAGGCGUCUCAGAUCCUGAUCAUAUGCGGCUGAGACGUCCCGAUGACGUUGAAUCUGCAGAGGUUUACACCAGAUUCCUAGUGCGAGAGAAGGUGAGCAUAAUGUCUCCUUCUUCUCCCUUGUCUUUUUCUGCGGAGCGGUCCAGCUCUUACUAAUGCUCCGCGGCGUCAGUGUUAUGACAGUUUCACAGAAGGAGGCCAUCACGCUCCAACUCGUCUCAAUACAAUCAUUAGAUCAGUAGAGAGGUUUGGUUUUUCAGGUAACAUUUGCACAAGCCUCGUAAGUAUAGUGCGCCUCUUAUGCAUUUCAGCGAGAAGUUACUAUUACUUGUUUACCUUUUAAGUAAUUAAACUAAGGAAAACUAAAGUAGGUAGAUAUGCAGAUACCAGCCUCAAUUUCAACAUGUGUAUAAAAUGUAAACGCAAUUCGUGCAAAACAAUUUUUAUUGUUCUAAAGGCGGCAACAGAAACGAGAUAUGGCGAAUGAAGAUGCUAAAGUAGUAGUAAUGAGGACCUAAAAUCGCAUUUAAAACACACAAAAAUAAAAUCUCGGGAGACAAGGCUUUAAUUACUUAAAUACAAUUAUGUAAGUACUUAAAUUAUUACGUAAUAGCAGACCCAAGUUAUACUAAUACAAUAGAUGGUAUUAUAAUCUCACUCUUGCGUGCGAAUUACGGUGCGUAAGUACGACGCGAAACAUCCAUCCAUCCGUUGAUUCGCGGGUGAUUUCUGUUUUAAUAUACAAACCACUUACCUAAUGCUACUUAAGUAAACAAUAAGUGGUUGAGUAUACCUACUUACACAAUUUUUUUCCUUUGUCCUCUUUCCAUCCUUCUGUGGCUCACUGUAUUGAAAGAAGGUAACGGGGUGACUCCGUGUUCCGUUUUACUUUUGAUUUCAAAACCUUCAAACUAGACUUACCUACUUAGUGAUCUUUUGCGCGGCUCUCUUUAUUUUACUUUUUUGUAGAAAUGGCAAAGAUCAACCGAAACUUAACUUACUUAUGUAUAAAACCUACCAACCUACCUAUAGUUAAGAAAGUGUGUACAUUAGAUUAUAGUAGUUAAUUAGUAAAUAGGUAUAGAUAAUUUCAUUAGGGGCUGAUUUUUCAAUCUCCAAAUAGGUAAGCUUUAAAACUGAGCAUUGAUGUUCAUGUGACAGUUUUUGUAUACUUAUUCAAUUUGUAUUAGGUACCUACUUACUUAUAUUCUUAGUCCUUACCUCGGAUUAUAUUUUAAUGAUUGAAAAGUCAGCCAGUCUGUAAAGUACCUAUCGAUUUUUUUGAAUAAAAUUCAUUGCAAUCAGA